AAUAAAGUCAUCGGCAGUUUAGCAGGCUCUGCUUCGCGUCACGGAGCACUAGACCGUUUUUCAUUGUGCCGUUAUACUCCCGAGCAACAUAGAAAAAUAAUAAUAAAUAAAAAAAAACGUCAAAUAUAGUAACGUGUGUUAAUCAUGUAUAAAAAUGUUGCCCUAAAAUAGAAUAAAAGUGGGUGGAGGUGUGCGUUCGCCGCUCCAGUCGACCAUUCAAGUGUACGGCUAACUUUUUACGCAAUCGACGAGAUAUGCGCCUUAAUUGAAUCUAAUUAAUGCUAAAAAAUGACGAUGGUGACGAUCUCUCGUGCGUGCGCGUGUGCUUUAUUUUUUUUUUGCAUAACGUCAUAAUGUGCAGGUGAGGCUGACGUUCGGGGAGGCUCUUGUUUGAAUGUAUAGAAAAAUCGAAAAAUGGUGUUACACGAUCGACAGUAAGUCCAGCCAGAAAGUGAUUGUUCCGUUUGCCAAAAAUUUGCUUGAAAUGUGAGCAGGUCAAGAAAGAGACUGUGAAAGAACAGCAAGUGUCAUUAUGGGUCUCCAGCUGUCGGUACUGCUCGGUUGUAUUGGCGCCGUAGAGCUGAUCGCCUGCCUCAAGCACGUGACGGUUUGCGUGCUGAAUGUCAACAACGAGGAGAGCUCGAGCUGCAGCAUCGACUACUUUCAUCGAGCCAAGGUAUUCGACGACGGCUUUGUUUUGCUCGAUAAGCCUCCGCUGAACAAGAGGCCGCAGAACAAAAGCUGCAAGGAGAUCGAGGCCAUUCUCAAACGCAACCGCUCCGAUCCGGAUAUUCUGUGCAUAGGCCCAGUGACGGCUGAUGAAUAUGUGCGCGUGCCCAGCCCAUUGGCGUUUGGCGUGGACGACGUCGAGAUCUUCGGCGAAUCAUCGGACGCUUGCUCGUCGCUCCUCGAAUCGAGCAACGAGAGCUCCGUGAUAAUGUCGCGAAAAUCAAACGACGCCUGCUUGACCGUACCCCCGGCGAGAUGCGCGCGCUCCUCCACCGACGUCUCGUCGCUCGCCGAUGACGUUGACGCGGCAGCUGCUAAAAACAAACUGGCCGUGCCAAAAAAGCUCGCGAGACGUUCAAGGACUCCCGAAGCCCGUCUAGGCUUCGACGAUUAUGGUCAAAAUGUGGAAAUAGCCGAGGAGAGUCAGCCAAAAAGAAAGUCAACGAGAACCGUCAUGACCCAGUCGAAACGAACUUUUCGACCCAAGUCAGAUUUGAUGAAAUCAGCCGAGAAUCUCGCGAGCUCGCGAAGGUUGACGAAGCGUCAGCGUGAACCCGAGCGCUGCAAGUCCGAGAUCCAAUUGAGACCGGUACGCGACGAGUGGACCAACACGUCUCCCUACAAUAGCGACACCAACAGCUGCGCUGCGCUGCGCUCGACGUCCAAGCCAAACAUAUCGGUACUUAUACAGACGAGCUUCGACGAUAAAGCUCGCUACUCCGAGAGUUGUAAGGCGCAGAACGUAUGUUCCAAUUGCCUGUGUCAAAAGUCCCCGGCUAAACAGCCCGGGGCUUGCAGCAACGUCGAAAAGAAACGAACGCCGCUCAAAGUAUCGAGUUUCGAAGAGGCCUCCGACGACGAUUACUCUAAAGUAGUCCAACUGAUGAGAAAGAGGAAGAAAGAUGCGGGAGAAAAUUAUGGCAAAUCACCGAUUGAGAGUAAUGAAUCCUACGAUGAUGAGUACUUGGAUGCUAACGAAGGGGCCCCAACGUCCACCGACGCUGCCAUACAGUUCAACAUUCCCGAUCAUUCUGCUAAUCAAUCCUUUUGGUUGAUUUUCAGUGGCGAGUACACGAAAGCAAUGAACAAGGACUGGCAUAGCGGCCACUUCUGCUGCUGGCAGUGCGACGAAUCGCUGACAGGUCAGCGUUACGUCCUGAGAGACGAGCAUCCCUACUGCAUCAAGUGCUACGAGAGCGUAUUCGCCAACAAUUGCGAGGAGUGCCACAAAAUCAUUGGCAUUGACUCUAAGGAUUUGUCAUACAAAGAUAAGCAUUGGCACGAGGCUUGCUUUCUCUGCAGUCGUUGCAGAGCAUCUUUGGUGGACAAACAGUUUGGCAGUAAAGUAGAUAAGAUUUAUUGUGGCAACUGCUAUGACUCCCAAUUUGCGAGUCGUUGCGAUGGAUGCGGCGAUGUUUUCCGUGCUGGUACCAAAAAGAUGGAGUAUAAGACCAGACAAUGGCACGAAAAAUGCUUCUGCUGUGUCGUCUGCAAGACGCCCAUCGGCACCAAGAGCUUCAUCCCACGUGAGCAAGAAAUCUACUGCGCUGGAUGCUAUGAAGACAAAUUCGCUACCCGUUGCAUCAAGUGCAAUAAGAUCAUCACUAGCGGAGGUGUGACAUACAAGAACGAGCCAUGGCACAGAGAUUGCUUCACCUGCACUCACUGCAAUCAAUCACUCGCCGGCCAAAGAUUUACAUCUCGCGACGAGAAGCCCUACUGCGCCGAAUGUUUCGGCGAGUUGUUCGCCAAGAGGUGUACUUCGUGCACAAAACCAAUUACCGGCAUCGGCGGUACGCGCUUCAUCUCUUUCGAAGACAGACACUGGCACAACGAUUGCUUCAUUUGUGCUGGAUGCAAUACCUCUCUCGUGGGACGUGGAUUCAUCACCGACGCCGAAGACAUCAUCUGUCCAGAGUGCGCCAAGCAAAAGCUCUCAUAAAUCAACCACUAAAUUAUGUAUGAUUUGAGCUAACAACAACGGCAGUAUCAACAACAAGUUUUAAACGAUUUGAGAUGAUAUUUUCAAAAGCACAAUGUUAUCAUCGAAUGGACACGGUUCACUAAACGUAACUCUAGCUGUAAAUGACAACACUUCUUUUCCUUGAAAAUAACAUUUUAUAUCAACAUUGUCUUCUGGUGGUACAUCGAUUUUACUGACGAUGGUCAGUUGCUUCAAUAAAAUCAUGAUGAUAAAAUCACCAUUUAAAUAAUAUUCUAUUACUUAACAGCUCGACUGAACUUGAAUUAUUGCAUGCAAGUUCCUUUUGAGUCCAAGCAAAUGCUAUUAUCAAUUUUAAAGCAGGAUUUCUGUUAUCAUUGCAUUAAUUCAUGCCUAAAAAAAUUGUCAUAAACGUUUCAGUUUAAUAUAUAAGCAAUGACAAAGUAUGAAUAAACGUCAAUGAGAUGCAACAAUCAGUCAGAGCUUCGUUUAGAACCACAACAUCGUUACAUAAAAUUAGAAAAAUGUUUAAAAAACAUUAAAAGUAAUACAUAUUUACUAAUUGUGCGGCUCUACUUAAAAUAUUGUCGAAUUUUCGAACAACGAGAACUUUAAUAACGCUAACGAAAAAUAAAAAAGAAUUAAGUUGACUAGCAACAGGUGCUGUUGCGAUGUUUUUAUUCAUUAAUAUAUAAUAAUGUUGUUUUCCUGCUUUGUAUACAUAAAUAUAUAGACAAAAUAAAAAUAAUUAUUUAUUAAUACGCUAUAAAAUAUAUACAACAGAAGUUUAUAAAUAUCCAUGUAGUUACUCUAUUUUUAUGUAUCAACAACUAAAACGAAUAAAAAAUUAUGCAGAUAUUUUCAACGCGCACAGGAAUCAUUUUAAUUCACGCGAAAAUAUAUCGCAGUUGGAUUGUAUGGGUAAUGCUCAUUUUGUGGAAUAUGUUUAUUGCUUCUAUAAAAAGUGCAAUGAGCCCACCUGUGUUACGCGUUGAUUCUUUUAAACCUAUUUUUUCGAAAGUGUUUUAAAAUAUAUUGUUUUUCUUUCUUUUAAGAACUGCUUUGUUUUUGUUGUCCAAUCGGGUGGAGCAUUUCUAGAUGAAUGAAGAAAAAUUUUAAUUGAACAUGCGCGUGGUAGCAGGUUUCUGAAUGAAUAAUGACCUUUCGUUAAUUGCAGACUUUCAAAAAAAUUGUCUGCUACAAAACUAAUGCCUUGCAAAUGUAGUAAAUUUAUAAUUAUGUAUAACAUUAUCGAGGAAAUAUCAAGGCACUCACAGCGAAUAAUUGAAAAAAUUAUAUUUUAACUUGUUGUAGUGGCGCACCUGAUACAGGCAUAAUACUCAUUAUGUAUAUCUUGAUGUAUUGUGAGAUCUUGCAAAAAUAAAGUUUAUCGAGUAUAUGACAAGACCUAUAAA